ACCGACACACUGAAACCUGAUGUCUGUACCCCUCCCCUGCCUUGUGUUGAGAGCUAGAUAUGGUGUAAAACGUAUUCAAAGUGGUCUUAUUGUAUUCCUCCAAUUAAGUUGUUAUUGUCAGUGUUAAACUACAUGCCUCUUUGUACUGGAAGGUGGAGGAAGGUGGGUGCCAUUUUAUUUCUGUAAACCUUUUUUUCUCCUGUCUUUGGUUAGUUAGGGAGUUAGUGUACAUGUCUGUUGUUAAUUUUCUUUUGUUUUGUCAGUUUAGAUCGUUUUACUACUUAAGUAGUCAGUUCCUUUUAUUUAUUAUUUUGGCCUUUACUUCUCCUGAAGUCCAUUUUGACUCAUAUUUAAUUUUGUAAAUAAAUGCUUGUGUUUUUUUUGCAACUUUUUUUUUUUUUACUUCUGUUGUACAUAUAGAAGCAGGGGACUGUUGCACUCAUCCCAACUUAUUUUUUUAUGUUUACUUUUCCUGUUACUCCUUUACCCUAGACCCUUAUAUCUGGGACGUAACAACACCACGACCCUUCAGCCCAGCAGAAAGUUUCAUGAUCAGAAGUGUGCAACAGAACAAGAUGAAGUUCACUCUAUUUGCUGGCUCUCUUUUGUUUAUAGGAUGGAUGAGUGUGGUCUUAGCAGAGGAUGGGCCUCCACGAGACUGCUGUAUUGCUGUGUAUAACACCAGAAUAUCACCUGAAAACAUUUUGAGCUUUACUUCACAAGAUACAGCGCUAUGUCCUGUCGAAGCUGUAAGAUUUCUGACCAGAUUUAACAAAGUUAUUUGUUCAGAUCCUGAAAGCAUAUGGGCUAAGAGAGUAAUGAAGAUAGUGAUAAUGAGAACAACAACUACAUCUGCUAUGUGCUCUACAAUUACAACAAACACGAGCCCAAAUACAGUUACAACAGACAUAACAUCGGGAACAGACACCGAGAUCAGCACAAGUGAUGGCCGUACGGCAGACUGCUGUACUACUGUGACAAACAUCAAACUACCAGUUGAAAAUAUUGUGCAUUAUGACAUGCAAGAAGCAAACCUAUGUCUUUUCAGAGCUAUAAGAUUCCACACCAUUAGAAACAUAAUUAUUUGUUCAGAUCCAGACAGCAUCUGGGCUAAAAAGGCGAAGGGGAUAGUGGAUGGGAGAAUAACAAUCAAAACAUCUGGACAAAAGGCAGAGAUCAGCAAAACAACCAUCCGGUCAACUUCAGUGACCAAAGACAAACAAGAUUCAUCUGUGAGAACUGCGACAACAUUCACACCAUCUACAACCAAGGACUGCUGCUUAACUGUAACAAAAAACAAACCAGCGUUUCAUGAAAUUGUGGACUACAGAAUUCAAGAAAUGCCACUUUGCUCUUUAAGAGCUGUGCUAUUCAUAACUGUGGAGAACAAGACACUUUGCUCUUCUCCAGUAGAAGACUGGGUCCAGGAUUACAUUCAAAACUUGAACAAAAGAAGAAAAACAACAGAAUUUACCACCAAAAGAAUAAAAGACCAAUAUAAAAACACCAAUAAUCACUUUUGUCUAAAGAAAGAAGAAGUUAAACACUUUUGUGUCACGCAGCUUUAAAAAGUCUGGUGGAAAAGCUUGUCCAACAAGGUCUGUAUAAUAUUACCAGGAUAACCAACAGCUAAGUCUAAUAAAGACUUAGUUAAAAAAAGUCUUUAUUAAAUACAUUUUACUCACAUUGUCAUGAUUUGUAUUCUUUUUUAUGAAGACUUGUAUUUUUUUUCUUACAUUUAUUUUAAAUAAAGUAUACAGUAGUAACUAGUAACACAUCUUAUUUGUUCAUAUU